AUGUCUACUCAGUCAGUGCAGUGUUUUGGUAAAAAGAAGACCGCCACCGCCGUUGCUCACUGCAAGGCUGGCCGCGGUCUCAUCAAGGUCAACGGACGACCUCUCUCUCUCGUCCAGCCCGAGAUCUUGCGCUUCAAGGUCUACGAGCCUCUUCUUGUUGUUGGCCUUGACAAGUUCGCCAACGUAGACAUCCGCUGCCGCAUCUAUGCCAUCCGACAGGCCAUUGCCAAGUCCCUGAUCGCCUACUACCAGAAGUUUGUCGAUGAGCACUCCAAGAACCUCCUCAAGCAGGCUCUUGUCCAGUUCGACCGAACCCUCCUCGUUGCCGACAACCGCCGAUGCGAGCCCAAGAAGUUCGGUGGUAAGGGUGCCCGCUCUCGCUUCCAGAAGUCUUACCGUUAA